AUGACCAAAACUGUAAUUUUCUAUGAAGAUUACAUACAAAAAAGUAAUCCAAUAAUCAUUUACCACUUGCCGCACAACAGGAGCGACAGCGUGAUAGAGACACGUGACCACCGGAAGCCUCCAGGUGAGGCCUUAGCAAAUCUUCUUGUCGCGUAUACUGAGAGCCUUGGCUGGGGCUCAGAGCCUGGAACGCAGCUCGGGAUCUGGAGAUAUUAUGUUCCGAAGCUCGGUGUAUAUAAGGAGAGCCUUCAGCUCUCUUAG